AGGUACACCGGGCACUAUUUCAUCACCACUCUGCUCUACUCGUUCUUCCUGGGCUGCUUCGGAGUGGAUCGGUUCUGCCUGGGCCACACCGGCACCGCCGUGGGGAAGCUGCUGACCCUGGGCGGACUCGGCAUCUGGUGGUUCGUUGAUCUCAUCCUGCUCAUCACGGGUGGGCUGAUGCCCAGCGAUGGCAGCAACUGGUGCACCGUGUACUGA